UUCGAAGCAUUAAAUUGAGGACAAGCAGACAGCAAACAUUUUCAUCUAAUUAUGAUUUUACUUGUCGUUUUUACGACAUAUAACUUCAAAAAGAACAUAUUUUAUUUUGAAUUUUACUAGUGACGGACUGUAAAUUGUUGCUCUCACACCGGCGUGAGGCUGGCUAGCCCCCUGUGUGUGUUUGCAUCCCCGGUGUGUCCUGCGCUUCAGAUCCCUUCAGGUUUUCGAGUCGUUUGGUGCUGUAGGCUGUGCCGCUGUCGUAUUUUGCUCUUUACUUGUUUUAUUUUGUUAGUUUCUUCUUCUUGUCAGACAUGACUAGCAAGAGAACGAGCUUCCCCCGCUGAGCACCGUCUGUCUGAGCUCCAAUCCCAGCCUCUUCCUCCUGUACUUUGCCCUGACAAAGCGCGGCCGCGGUGCGUUUGCUACCUGCUUUGUCGCUUUGGUCGCCACCUCGUCCCCCUUGUUACGCCAACUGAUUACCCGCCUGUUCGGGCAGUCGGUGGGCCGGCUGGCAAGGAGGGAGGGAGUCCGCAUUUCCCCUCGCCUAGAGAUCUGAAUCUCCUCUGCGGGGUCUGUUUGCUUCUUCUCUCCCAACACCCAGCCGGGCUUCUUGCGGCUCUCCAUGUUGGCGGCAGUGGCCGCCUCGCUGGCUGCACUCGUCCGUUGGAGCCGCGGCGCUUUGCUGGCCAAACUGUCGGUCAGCUGGCAGGAGGGAGUUCGCCGCGUUGCCGGAGUCAUGGACUGUCGUCCUCUUUAGUAGUCACUUAGUCGCUGGGAAACGAGAAGAUUUCCACCGAGCAGGUUGGGUUGCUCCCAGUUGAACAGAGGCGGCGGAGGCACCUCGGGACACCGCAUCACGCGAAGGCGGCGAGUGCAGCGAAGAAGAGCCAUGUCGGAGGACAACAAUGUGGACAGAUUCAUCAAGGAGACCUCCAUCUUAGAGGAGUACAACAUCAACUGGACACAGAAGCUGGGUGCUGGGAUCAGUGGGCCUGUCAGGGUUUGCGUGAAGAAGUCAACGCAGGAGCGAUUUGCACUCAAGAUUCUCAUUGACCGGCCCAAAGCCCGUAAUGAGGUACGACUCCACAUGAUGUGUGCAAUUCAUCCAAACAUCGUGCAGAUUGUGGAAGUCUACGCCAACAGCGUGCAAUUCCCUCACGAGUCCAGUCCACGGGCCCGGCUGCUCAUCGUGAUGGAGAUGAUGGAAGGUGGAGAGCUGUUCCACAGAAUCAGCCAACACAGACACUUUACAGAAAAAAUGGCCAGCCAAGUAACCAAACAGAUUGCUCAGGCUCUCCAGCACUGUCACUCACUAAACAUCGCUCACAGAGACCUCAAGCCCGAGAACCUGCUCUUCAAAGACAAUUCUUUGGAUGCUCCAGUUAAGCUCUGUGAUUUUGGGUUUGCCAAAAUUGACCAGGGUGACUUGAUGACACCCCAGUUCACGCCUUACUACGUAGCACCUCAGGUUCUGGAGGCUCAGAGGAGACAUCAAAAAGAAAAGUCUGGAAUAAUACCUACCUCACCCACUCCGUACACGUACAACAAAAGCUGUGACUUGUGGUCCUUGGGCGUGAUCAUCUACGUGAUGCUGUGCGGAUAUCCACCAUUUUACUCCAAACACCACAGCCGCACCAUCCCUAAGGACAUGCGCAAGAAGAUCAUGACGGGGAGCUUUGAGUUUCCCGAAGACGAAUGGAGCCAGAUCUCGGAGAUGGCUAAGGACAUUGUGAGAAAGCUGCUAAAAGUAAAACCUGAAGAGAGACUUACCAUUGAGGAGGUGCUGGCUCACCCCUGGCUAAACUGCACAGAAGCUUUGGACAAUGUUCUGCCAUCGGCACAGAUGAUGAUGGAUAAGGCUGUGGUGGCUGGGAUUCAGCAGGCCCACGCCGAACAGCUCGCCAACAUGAGGAUCCAAGAUCUGAAUGUGAGCCUCAAGCCUCUCAACUCUGUCAACAACCCGAUCCUGCGCAAACGCAAGCUGCUGGGCACAAAACCCAAGGAUGGCUUCUUCUUCCAUGACCCAGAAAAUGGGACAGAAGACUCUAAUGUGGCCUUGGAGAAGCUGAGGGACGUCAUCGCCCAGUGCAUCUUGCCCCAGGCCGGAGAGAACGAAGACGAGAAGCUGAACGAGGUGAUGCGCGAGGCGUGGACAUUCAACAAGGACUGCAAGCUGCUGCGAGACACGCUUCAGAGUCUCAGCUGGAACGGUUGGACUUUCUCAGACAAAGUUGACCGUUUGAAACUGGCAGAAAUCGUGAAGCAGGUCAUUGAGGAGAAGACCAACCUGCAGGAUUCCCAGUAGCAAAAGUCUCCUUUUUUUUAAUAACGUUUUAAUUUGUACGAAAAAAAAAAGAAAGUGUUAACUGAAAAGAGAAUUUUUAUGGUAUUUACGGAUGACGCUCCCUUGAUGGAUUUUGUUUCGGCGGUUGUACAGCUGUAGAUGUUGGUACUGUAAUAUUUAACAAAGAAAAGGAACUCCUUGAACUCAAGGAAUGGUGUUGGCUUUGUCACCGGAAUGCUGUGUCCUCAAGUGCCGAGUGGCCGACGGGAGCAUAGAGGAUUGUCCGUAGCGGCGUUCCUCUUCUUGAACAGAUUUUUAUGCGUUCGCUUGCCUAAUUCGGGAAGCCGAGGCGAGGGACAGCUACUUUUAUUAUGAUUUUAUGUUUUAAAUUUUAUUUUUUGGCCAUCUGUUAAGAUCCACGAGUGCCGAGAGUUGAAGUGAGAGAAAAAGCCUGUGGUGAACAAAGGCCGCUCACGGGUUACUUUGGAGCCCCCCAACCUUAGGAGCAAGUCACGUCCUCCGUGUCGGCGGAGCUGGGAGUAAAGAUCGGAGACACGGCCUGCUGAAGCUCGGAGGCCUGAGCCGUUUUGUCUUUUAGUUAAAUUCAUAUUUAUUGUCACGUGUACAGAGUUCAGUGAAAUUUCGACCCAUUUGCAAGAAGUCGUCAUGGUGGGCACAUGUCACUUGUUGGAUCGAGUGACGGCACUUGGCAUCGUUUAACUCAGAGUUGCCCAGAUUUGUGGUCAGCUUACCAAAAGUCACCUCUCGGCUCCGCACACCCAUGAGAAUGGUGGCAACCCUUUACACGUUGCCCGUUUUCUGGAAGCCGACUGGUAUGUUGGCUAUCUUUGUUAACUCAAAGCUUCAUUGUUAGCAGUUAACUGGAAACCCUAAUCUCUUGGGUGGGCUGGCUGGAUCUUUGGUGCUCACAGUGGCCUUGAAGUCCACCUGUGGCUGCAGGUUUUCACCCCUGCCAGUGUCAUCGAUGGGUCCAGGUCUGCAGGUAUUUUUUCGUUUGUACCUCUCGAAGUGCUGGUUGUGUUGGUCGAUGUUGGUUUUUAGGAGUUCCCUCUGGUGGGCUAAAUAUUUUGCCGUGACUGACAGGCACAUGAGACACCACAAAAAAUUGCUUUCCAUUUGUUUGGACCCGUGUCUGCUCCACUUGAAUUGGCGUGAAUUAUCUAAGAAGUAAAAAUCUGUGACCGGUGGGCUUCAACAUGCAAACUCGCCUUUUGAGGAAACGCCAUGUGAUGUAAAGCUGACUUUAUAGACCCCCCCUAAUCCCCCAUUCCAGGCCAUAUGUUUUGGCCCCCGACAGCUCUUUGAACUGUCACGUCUUCCUCUUCCGAGUUGACCCACUUGUCCGUGAGGAGGAUGAGUGUAGCUGUUUAAGUGACUCUUGUGCCCCUUGUGUCCCUUUUGAUUUUUCCGUUGGGUCUCAUCUCAAUGCAGAGAUGAGUCUCGGACCCGAGAUUAACUGCCCGAGUCCCGUGUCCUUUAAUCAUCGUUUUUAAAUCUCAUUUUGUGUCGCUUGCAUGCACACCUUCUUCAUUUGCCGUUCCCAUCUGAUCGGCUUCUUUUUUGGAUCCCAUUCCAGUUCGGGUGUCCGGCUCGUUCUUCCCCAGGGUUUCUUCAUUUCCACUUCACUUCACUUUGCUCGGUUGACUGAGAAGUGUUGCAGAGCAUUCUGGGAUAGCUCUGGUCGGGGCAGGAGCUUCUACAUGGCAGUGUGGCCAGUUUACUGUAAGAGAGAGAGAGAGGUUGGCGGUGCUCUGUGUGCCAAAUUUAUCAGUUCCUGGGUGGAGGAGACGAGACCCCCAACUACAAACUCAUCUGAAGUGAAAGCCAGCAGCCACACGCUGGUGGGCCGGGACUGCGUUUUGUCUUCGGAUUUCGAAAGUCGGAGAUCUGAGGAUGACUCCGGCUUGUUUCCGCACUGUGGCCAGUCGAAGGUUUAUUUGUAGUCAUUUUACAUGUUGGUGAGUCACAUUGGGCCCCUACAUUGAGACCAAGGUGGGUGGGCAGGUUUGCAGUUCAGUGCUGCCCCCCACUGCCUCCCGAAUUGAUUAUGCUGGCUGUUAUCCACUCUCGGGUUAACCCCAUAAUGACUUUUACUCAGGGCUUCUGUACAAAAUCCCUGUUGUGUGCGGUUUGGUGACGUGUGGCGGUGUUGCACAGCGGGCAGUCCGUUUCCCCAGGACAGGGCGUGUGUAGCAGUGAAAGACGUGAGGUGGACGUCCAGUAAAAAUGGGUAAGAUGGGAGGUGGUGUUUUGCAAACCCAUUUGCCUGUCCAGUCAGUAGUGAAGGGCCGGGGGGUCCGGGAGACAUGGAGAGUAGGCCUCCCCUUUAAACUCUCCCAUUUGUUUUUACUUGCAGUUUUUAUCAUGGCCACUAGGUGGCGGACUUGAGUUUGGUUUAGGUGAUGGUCUUUGCUGUGACCGUGCGGUCAUCGGGGGUAUGGGGUCACGUUGGCCCCCUGCUCUGUGCUGCCUCUGCUGCCGUCAUGUAAAUCUCGUCUUCCCAAAACGGUGAAGGAGUGCGCCAGCCAGACUUGUGACCGACCGUGGGUGAGCGCCGUCACAGCAGCCCUGGCCAAUCGGGGGGCAAGGCUCACAGAAUGUGUCUGUAAAUCAAACAAUAAUGUACAACUACCGUUUGAAAUCUUUGUAACAAAAAUGGAUUAAACUCCUUUUCCUUUUUAGAAAUAAUAAAAGUGCAAUUGAUUCAAAAUGGUUACAAUUUGCAGCCACCAGGUGGCGCCAUGUACUGUAAAAAAAAAAAA